AUGUCGUCCAUCACGUCGUCCGAGUUCCCCAUCCAACAGUACAAGGCCGGCGGCGGCCACCCGAGCGCUGAGCGCCAGGGCAUCCGGGACCGGCUGGACGAGUCGCUGCUCGGCCACUUGGCCAAAAUCUUCGCCCGGUACAGCGGCCCCAGCAACAAAUGGUCCCGGGACCAGCUCGCCGUCUUCAUGCAGCAUGUCCAGCUCGAGGAUGCCAACGGCCCGGCGGGCUUCCUCGCCGAGAAGGAAGAGAUCGAGCUGAGCGAGUUCCUGCAGUACAUGACCUCCCCCCUGGGGAACGCCAUGGAGAUGGCCUCGCCCCAGGACCUGACGUGGCCGCUCAACAACUACUUCAUCAGCUCUAGCCACAACACGUAUCUCACCGGCAACCAGCUCUCCUCCGACUCCAGCACUGACGCCUACAAGGACGUGCUCCUUCGCGGCUGCCGGUGCAUCGAGAUCGAUGUGUGGGAUGGCGAUGCCAUCUACACGCCUCCCAACGACCCGAUUUACCGCAAGGAAGGAGAGCCACCCUUGGAAGAAGGCCCAAGAAAGCUGAGCCGGAAAGAUAAGCUGAUGCUCAAGUUCGGCACGUGGAUCUUGGAGACGUUCGACAAGGACGGCGGCGUCAACCCCGAAGGGAGGACCGUGGACGACAGGCUUUCCGAUGUCAUCCGGUACGAGCCCCGGGUUCUCCACGGCUUCACCCUGACCAAGGAGGUUUCGUUCCGCAGCGUCUGCCAGGUAGUCCGGGACUACGCUUUCGCGACCUCGGACCUGCCGCUCAUCGUCAGCCUCGAGGUCCACUGCUCCCCGGUUCAGCAGGGCGUAAUGGUAGACAUAAUGGAGGAGGCCUGGGCCGAGUUUCUGCUGCCCACCCCCGAGAGCCAGCCGACUUCGCUGCCGUCGCCCGACGAGCUGCGCAAGAAAAUCCUGAUCAAGGUCAAAUACGUGCCCGAGGGGGGCGCCGCACAGGACGACGAGAGCGUGUUCGAGAUGGUGCAGGACGGCAAGGAUAAGAAGGCUCGAAAGGUCAAGGCACCCAAGAUCACCCCGCGCCUUAGCCGACUGGGCAUCUACACGCGGGGCGUCACCUUCAAGUCUCUCUCCCAGCCCGAGGCCGCCAUGCCGAACCACAUCUUCUCCCUGUCGGAGCAGGGGGCCGCCGAGGUGCAGCAGAAGCAGCCCGUCGAGUUCUUCCAGCACAACAAGAACUACCUGAUGCGGCUCUACCCCGGCGGCAUGCGCGUCGACUCGUCCAACUUCAACCCCGUCAUCUUCUGGCGCACGGGCGCGCAGGUCGUGGCCCUCAACUGGCAGUCGUACGACGCCGGCAUGAUGAUCAACGAGGGCAUGUUUGCCGGCUCCGACGGCUACGUCCUCAAGCCCGACGGCUACCGCGCGGGCAAGGAGUGGGCGCCUGUGCACGAGGAGUCGCAGCUGCCGCACAAGACGCUCGAGCGCGUGGCCAUCACCAUCCUGGCGGCGCAAAACAUACCGCUGCUGAGCAAGAACGACAGGCCCGCAAACUUUAUCCCCUACGUCAAGGUGGAGCUGCACACGCAGCCGCACGUCUUCGACGGCGUCAAGCAGCAGGAGGGCGGCGAGGCCCGGCCCGAGAUCGAGUACCGCGGCCAGACGGCGCAGAUGAAGGGCACGAGCCCCGACUUCGAGGCCGAGGUCAUCGAGUUCCAGAACGUCGAGGGCGUGCUGCCCGAGCUGACCUUUUUGACCCUUGUCGUCAUGAACGACGUCGUCGGGCCCGACGUCAUGGCAGCCUGGGCCGCCAUCCGCCUCGACAGGCUGCGGCCCGGCUACCGCUUCGUGAGGCUGAUGGACAAGGGCGGCCUGCCGAGCAAGGGCAUCCUGCUGAUAAAGACGGACAUAAUCGAGGCCGCCCCGCCCGCGCCUUCCGCCGAGCCCUCGCUGAUGAGUAGGAAUGAGGGCCAUGUUCACGAGCUCGCGCAGCAGAGUCUGCGUCAGGGCACUGCAUGAUUCCUCUGUACAAGACAGUCUUCAUUUGCCUCAAAUAGCGUGGAGUCGGGAGUCAAUUGAACACUGAAAAUCCAAACCUUUCACGGCCUGUUUUAAGCCUCAACGAAAAGAGUACCCAAAAAAAAGACAGUGCAUUGUUGGAUCGUCACAUCUCAUGUCGUGUUAGGUGAG